AUGCCUCCACCGCGCUUACGCUCCCUCCUCCUCCUCUUGCUCAUUUCCACUACCACCCUCCAGAUCUGCUCCGCCGCCGAAAACGACGACGUAAACCGUCUUGUUUUCGAAAACCCAAGGCUCCGGCAAGCCUACAUUGCUCUACAAGCAUGGAAAUCCGCCAUCUUUUCCGACCCCUACAACUUCACCACCAACUGGAAAGGCUCAAACGUCUGCUCCUACAGCGGUGUCUACUGCGCCCCCUCCCUGCCCAACCCCUCUAUCCGUGUCGUCGCCGGAAUAGACCUCAACCAUGCUGAUAUCGCCGGUUAUCUCCCACCGGAGCUCGGCUUACUCACUGACCUAGCCCUUUUCCACAUCAACUCAAACCGCUUCUGUGGCACUGUUCCGACGACUUUCAAGAACCUUACAUUACUACACGAGCUCGAUUUAAGUAACAAUCGCUUCGUCGGAGUUUUCCCUACGGUGGUGUUAUCCUUGCCGGCGUUGAAGUAUUUGGAUCUCCGGUUCAACGAGUUUGAAGGGUCUGUACCUACGAAGCUGUUUGAUAAAGAUCUUGAUGCGGUUUUUUUGAAUGAUAACCGGUUUCAGUUCGGUAUUCCGCCGAACUUGGGUAACUCGCCGGUGUCUGUUCUUGUUUUAGCGAACAAUAAUCUCGGUGGUUGUAUUCCGGCGAGUAUUGGUCAGAUGGGGAAAACGUUGAACGAGAUUAUUCUCAUGAAUGAUAAUCUAACGGGGUGUUUGCCGGUGCAAAUCGGAAUGUUGAAGCAGGUGACUGUUUUUGACGUCAGCUUUAACAAUCUUCAAGGGCCGUUGCCGGCGGCGAUUGGUGGAAUGAGAAGUGUGGAGCAGCUGAAUGUGGCGCAUAACCGGCUGACUGGAGUGGUGCCGGAUAGUAUUUGUAGGUUGCCGAGAUUGCAGAACUUUACUUACUCUUUUAACUACUUCACUGGUGAAGCGCCGUCGUGCUCUGCUGCUGGAGGUGGUGGUGGUAAGGUGUUUGAUGAUGGGAAGAAUUGUAUUAUUGGAAAGACGAACCAGCGAUCAGUGAGGGAGUGUUCAUCUGGAGAUGCUCGUCCUGUUGAUUGUAGGAAGCUACAAUGUGGUGGUGUUUCAUCGCCGGCGCCGUCAUCUUCUCCUACUCCGACUUCACCUUCAACUCCUUCUCCGACGACACCUUCUGUUCCCACUACACCAUCAGCUCCUACUCCGACGUCACCUUCUGGUCCCAAUACACCGUCAGCUCCUACUCCGACGUCACCGUCGGCCCCUACUCCGACGUCAGUUCCUACUCCAACGACACCAACGACUCCGACACCGUCUCAACCCCCUUCUACCAUGCCUACACCACAUCCGCCAUCUGUUCAGCCAUCACCACCACCGCCUACUUCUGAGAGUUCACCAAAUACAAAGUUACACCCUCCACCACCACCUAGAGAGGGAACUACUCCAUCAAUCCAUUAUCCACCACCACCACCAGUGUCCCAGAUUACACCACCAACUGGACAACCGGUUCCAUCACCGCCUCAUGGAAGUCAGGGAUCCCCACCUCAGGGAAGCAUACCUUCUCCACCACAGGGAAGCACACCUUCUCCACCUCAAGGAAGCCACCAAUCGCCACCACAUGGAAGCCACCAAUCGCCGCCACAUGGUAGCCACCAUUCUCCGCCACAUGGUAGCCAUCAAUCGCCACCAACGGGUCAACCUAUACCAUCACCACCACACGGAGGCCAAGGAUCUCCGCCACAAGGAAGCCACGGAUCACCUCCACAUGGAAGCCACGGGUCACCGCCGCAUGGAAGCCACGGAUCUCCACCAGCAGGUCAACCUGUAUCAUCACCGCCACAUGGAGGCCAAGGAUCUCCGCCACAAGGAAGCCACCAUUCACCGCCACAUGGAAGCCACGGAUCUCCACCAGCAGGUCAACCUGUACCAUCACCGCCACAUGGAAGCCAUGGAUCUCCACCACAGGGAAGCACUCCAUCUCCACCACACGGUAGCCACCAAUCGCCGCCUCAUGGAAGCCAAACCUCACCACCUCCACCCCAACAUAUUCCAGUUCCAUCACCGGACAAUUCUCCACCCGGCCACGUCAGCACCUCGCCUCCACCUCCAUCAUCCCAUUCACUUCCUCCACCACCACCACCAUCAUCUGGAUGCAUUCUACCAACACCACCACCUCCACCGCCACCACAACAAUGGCAUCACCCACCACCAUCACCAACACAACAACCUCAAUCUCCACCGCCACCCACCACCCAUCAUCAUUCCCCACCACCACCUCCACAUCAAACCCAACCACCCUCACCACCCCAUAAACCCACACACCCACAACCCCCACCGGACAACACCCCUCUUCCGCCAGUGAUCGGGGUAUCCUACGCCUCCCCACCACCACCGGUAAUUCCGUACUACUAA